UAUCGAGGAAAAGUCCAUUGUUGGCCUUCUGAAAAGGGGAUCAGGGCACUCUGGCGCAGGCUUUUCUUCAUCAAACGUCGGCGCCGUCCAAUGGAUCGAGACGAGCUCUCAGAGCGGUCCCGGGCCGGGCCCGACUUGUCCUCGUGCCCAAAUCUCCCUUCGCUCUGCGAGCCGUCGGCGGAAAGCGUCUACGCGGAGCUUCGGACGGUCGAAGGCGAGGUGGACGGCUCGGGUGUCUGGUUCCCCCUUGGGAAGUUGCUGGAGGUCCCGGCUCCGAUGAUUCCCGCCUUGGACCCGCUGUACACGCCUCCGGGUUUGAUGCUGCCUUCCGGCCAAGGCCUGUCUCUUCCCUAUGAAUGCUACGCAAAUCCCUUUGAUCCUCAACUGGGAGAAGAGCCAGCCAUGAUGAUGAUGAUGAGGAUGAUGAUGCAACCGGGGGCGGAGAGCUUGACCACCACAGGGCAUGUAAACAGAAAUAUCCCACCAAGAAGUGCGUCGCCUUGUGCUGCCGCCUCAUCCAACUCCUCCGCAGCACUUCGAGGAGCAGAGAGCGAAGAGCAACGGGAUGAAAAGAAAAAGGGAGGAGGCUACAUCAAGAAGCCGCUCAACGCCUUCAUGCUGUUCCGGCAGGAGCAGAGGCCAAAGGUCGUCGCUUUGCUCAACAUUCGAAACAGCGCCGAUGUCAACAAAGUGGUCGGACAGAUGUGGAAGUCGCUGAGCAAAAAGCAACAGAGGAAAUACUACGAGCUCGCCGACGCUGCCAAACUCCUCCACAGCCAGCAGCAUCCCGAUUGGUCCUGCACUGAAAACUACGGGAAGAAGCGAAAGAGGCAAAGGGUCAAAGUUCAUGGCAAAGGUCAAGAGGACACCUGGCAGGCCUCCAGCCCGGACGUGACGAGCGAUGCGACGCACGCAAUCAAGCAGGAAAGUCAUCACAGGGGCGCCAAGCACCAAAAGCAGCUUCGAGUGAUGCUGGAGUUGAUGCUUUAAGCAGACACCUUCUGGGGUCCUUCAUUCCGUUUCGUCAAGAUUCAAUAAAGUUUUCCAAUAAAA